UGUGUUGUGUUUAAAUCCAGCGACAUUUUUGGUCAACUUAGUGAAGUGCUACUUCAUUUAUCACGGAUGCACAACCGCAGCUGUGGUGCAUCUCUUUGCACUUUGUCCAGGCGUAAGACUCUUUUGUACAUUCAUACUACUGCAGUGUAUAUACUCGGAUACCAUGGAUCUCAAAGCGGACUCCGAGGACAUGGACUACAAGAGACCGGCUCCCAUUGAGGUGUUCGCCAGCAGGUCCACGCUGCACGGCAUCUCGCACAUGUUCACCUACGAGCGCAUGUGCGUCAAGCGGACCUUGUGGAUUCUCUUCUUCCUGGGCUCCGUGGGCGUGCUGGCUCUGGUGUGCGUGGACCGGGUGCAGUUCUACUUCCAGUACCCGCACAUCACCAAGCUGGACGAAGUGGCCGCCCCGCUUAUGGUGUUUCCGGCGGUCACUUUCUGCAACCUCAACGCCUUCCGCUUUACCAGGGUGACUCGCAAUGACUUGUACCAUGCCGGGGAACUGCUGGCCUUGCUCAACGGCAGGUAUGAGAUCCGGGACCCGCACCUGGUGGAGGAAAACGUCCUGCAGGUCCUGAAGGAGCGAGCCGACUUUGACAACUACAAGCCCCGCCCGUUCAACAUGCGUGAAUUCUACGACCGGACGGGCCACGAUAUCAAGGACAUGUUGCUGUCCUGCUAUUACCGUGGCAUGGAGUGCAGUGCCGAAGACUUCAAAGUGAUAUUCACCCGUUAUGGAAAAUGCUAUACAUUCAAUUCAGGCCAGGACGGGCGGCCGCUAUUGUUGACCAUGAAGGGCGGGAUGGGCAACGGUCUGGAGCUGAUGCUGGAUAUCCAGCAGGAUGAAUACUUGCCUGUGUGGGGGGAGACUGACGAGACGUCGUUCGAAGCUGGCAUCAAAGUUCAGAUCCACACUCAGGACGAACCUCCAUUCAUUGAUCAGCUUGGAUUUGGAGUGGCACCAGGAUUCCAGACGUUUGUCUCCUGUCAAGAACAACGACUGACCUAUCUCCCGCCGCCGUGGGGCGACUGCAAGGCCACCCCCAUGGACUCCGACUUCUUCAGCACAUACAGCAUCACAGCCUGUCGCAUCGACUGCGAGACGAGAUACCUGGUGGAGAACUGCAACUGCAGGAUGGUACACAUGCCUGGAGACGCCCCAUACUGCACCCCUGAGCAGUACAAGGAGUGUGCGGAUCCAGCUUUGGACUUUCUGGUUGAGAGGGACAACGACUACUGCGUGUGCGAGACGCCGUGCAACCUGACGCGCUACGGAAAAGAAAUGUCCUUUGUGAAGAUUCCCAGCAAAGCAUCUGCAAAAUACCUCGCCAAGAAGUUCAACAAGACAGAGCAGUACAUAGCCGAUAACCUUCUGGUUCUGGAUAUCUUCUUUGAGGCUCUCAACUACGAGACCAUCGAACAAAAGAAAGCCUAUGAACUGGCAGGCCUUCUGGGUGACAUCGGGGGUCAGAUGGGGCUCUUCAUUGGAGCCAGCAUCCUCACCAUCCUCGAACUCUUUGACUAUCUCUACGAGGUGAUCAAGUACAAGCUGUGCCGAUGCGUGAAGAAGAAACACAAAGGCCGCAACAACAAUGACCGGGGAACUGUGCUGAGCCUGGACGAUGUGAAACACCAUGCUCCAUGUGACAACCUGCGCACACCAUCCACGUACCCAGGCAACAUGCUACCUCAUCACCCGGCCCAGGGAAACUUUGAAGACUUCACUUGCUGAGCGCCGCGACGUGGACUGGCGCAAUGUGGUGGUGUUGCAACCAAAGUCGACAGUACAGCAAAACUAUCGGGUGUGAAAUAACUGAUGCUAACAGACGCACUUUUGUACGCAGGAAUUGACUGUACACCCGAAAACGCACACAAGCGUUUCUGAUCCAUUUCAUGCAGGACUCGUAUUUAUUUAAUCUUCUGGAGCACUGCCGCUAAAAGGAGACGCCUCGCCAAGUCGGACCUCCCAAGAGAACAAAGGGAAAAUGUACAGUUAUCUCGUUGUAGAAAAAAAAGAGCCUUCAUUUACAUCACCACUAGAGAGCACACAUCCUCCCUUGCUUAUGACACAUGUAGCCACAUCUUGGGUGUGUGUUCACGGCGAGGAAUGGCGGCAAGCAACGACAACUUCAGGUCCCGUCAUGUAAAUGCAUGCUCGUGUUUGUCCAUUUGCAUGUUCUUUAGUAUUAUUUGCAUUAUUAUUUUUAUAUGUAUACAUCUAUAAGAAUAUAUUCAACACACAAGUACCAAGUUUGCCUCAGUGACAUCUCAUAUAUUUUAUCUAUGUGUGUGUGUGUGUGUGUGUGUGUGUGUGAGAGAGAGAGAGGGAGAUUGCAAAGUGUGUGUGUCAAUCAUGGCUAGGCCGACUGUGUUGAUUCUGCAAAGGGACUCACGUAUGGGAGCUGUCCAAGGUCAAAUCUGAGUACAGUACCAUAUUUUCCGCACUAUCAGACACACUUAAAAGUCUUUAAUUUUCUCAAAAAACUUUUUAUGUGUGCACUAAGUUCCAAAACCUGUAAAAAUGUUGUACUACUUAGGUAAGCACUGACACAGGGACGUAAUAAGUACACAGGCAACGAUAAACCAAUCAGAGAACAUGACAUAAUAUGUACAUUAAGUACGCUUAAAGGGGAACUGUAGUUUUUUUUAAUGUUGCCCAUCAUUUACAAUCCUUAUAUGAAACCUGAACACGUUUCUUUCUCUUUUCUGUGCCUUGUAACACAAGAAAAUUAGUUACUAUGAGCUAGCUUACAAUGCUAUCAUUAGGAUACACCUAUUUCGACUAUGAAGCCCUCAACAUUGCAUCGUUUGAUAUACAUGCUGUGAUCAUACAUUAACAUAUACACCAAUGAUAACAUGUCAUAGUUGCAUUAUAAUGCCGUAUUUUGAUGAUUUAAAACAGUCCCGAAACUUUUUUUGAGGUUCAUUGAUACACAUACUUAUGCUAGUUCCUACAAUAACAACAGUAAUGACAACACUUACGAUGUCCGGUCUCCUUGGGAUGGCUGUGUCUUCCAGCACAAGACGUGUGCUCCAGUCCUCAGGUAAAAAAUGCUGACAGCAAACGAACAUCUUGUUGAGUCUUUGUAGCGAGAACGCACAGAAAAGAGAAAGAAAUAUGAACGAUUGCGGCUAAUUCUCAGCAACUGUGAAAAACCAAGUGAAAUUCGCCGCUUACCAUAAUUACAGGACGAUAAACAAAAGAACUCCAUAUGCUCGGCAUUGGUGUAAACACGGCGUUCAAAAUGACGUUGCAAGCGGCGUGACAGCGAUGGAUGAAAUACAGUUAACAUGUUGGCAGACUGACUCCGACAAUGAUGAGUGGGAACCCGGUAUCUUUGAUGGCCAAAUUGCUGUGCUGUUUAAUUCAGAUACAGAAGAUGAGGACUUUGAUGGAUUUGUGGGAGAAGAUUAAUUAAGAUACGGAGAGUGCAUUGUUAAAUAGCAGAAUAAAGUUCAACUAAACUCACUGUUUUGUUUCCGUUGCCUUUUUUUUUGCAGUAGAAGAAGUAUUUUGUUGCGGGUUUUGGGCUCUCCUUUCGCUUAUUCCAUUAUUAGUGUGAGUUUAUGUUGACGUUUUAUGUUUUAGCAUGCGCCUUAUUAUACGGUGUGUCUUAUGGUGCGGAAAAUACAGUAUAUAUUUAUUUCCUUCUCAUUUUUGAGGUCUCUAUGAUACUGUCAUCGGAAACACUUUCAGGUCAAAGCAUUUCGAGUGUCCUGAAUUAAUUCCACUUUGUCAUAAGUCUAGACGAGCCUUUGAAAGCAAAAGACGACGGACUCAGACGCAUUGCAUUCUUUCCUCUUCUAUAGUUGGUGGUCAGUGGUUCCGUCGCUCUGCUUAUAGCAGCACCACAUGUUGGUGUGCCUUGUGUGUUACAUCAUUUUCACCCUAUGAUUCCUUUGUAUCUGGCUGCAACUAUUUUUUAAUUUGGCUCACUGUGGACACAAUGUUUUUUUCAACCCGCCAAAAAAUAUAAAAUGGCAGGAAUGCUUCCAUGUGGACAGGGCCUUAUGUGUCGUGGCAAGAACCCUAAUGCUAAUGCUAAUGCUGCUAAUGUCAAAGCAGUAUUUAUAUAUUUUUUGUGACUUCAGUGCCAGUAACAGUUUUCAAAUGACCUUCUUUAAACUUUCAGUGUUCUUUGUCCUGUGUCAGAGCAAGAACUCUGUUGCUUUUGAAUGUUGCCUGAUUCAAGAUAUCCGAAGUGGGAAAAUUCAAAAAGUGUUAAAAUCUUACUUGUGACCCAUAACAAAUGUUAAACCAAGCCUUUUUUUAACUUUCAGGGAUUUGUUCUUCUGUGUCAGAGCAAGAAUCCUGUUGAUUUUGAAUGUGACCUAAUUCAAGAUGGCUGGGUGUAGGGGGGGGGGGAAUGUUGCCUCCACCAAAAAUAAUUUCCAAACUUUUAGCAAUGCUUUUUCUGCAUCACAACAAGAGUCCUAUUACUUUUAAAUGUAAUCCAGGACUUUAAGAUGUUGUACCAGCCAACCAGUAACAACUUUUAAACUUGUAGGAUCACAAGAACCCUAUUGAUUUUGAAUGUUAUACUGUCAAACAGAUUUAAACCCAUCUUUUUUAAACACUGAUGUGUGUCAGUACAAGAACCCUGUACCCUCUGAAUGCCAAGUAAAUACAAAGUUGAAGGUAAAAUUCAUUAAAAGUCACCUCUUGAUCUUUUUUCUACAUGGACAAAAAAGAGCACUGUUUAUUUUGAAUGUCAUCUGAAGUUGACACUCAUACAUUUUUUUUAGCUGCACUUUUCAAUUGGUGACACUUCAGCAUCUUUUGUGUUUUCUUCAUUUCCAGCCAUUCUUUGUCCUUACCGCCAUAAUCUUUUCAGGAGUUGUCUACUUUUGUGUUUGUGGGGCUGUUCAAAGUGUGUAAACUCUGUGUUGUUGUUGCAGACGUCUAAUGAAAGCACAAUAACACGACAAGGUGUCUAUGUAGAGAUAAUGUAAAAAAAAAAAAAAAAAAAAGAAAAGCUACUCUUCUUCAGCUUAUUCUUCUCUAUAUAUGAUUACUAUUGUGCCGAUAUGACUGUUUUCUUUGCUUUCAUAUGAAACACGCUCACUAUUGCCUGGUAAUCUUCUCUCCAUCUUUCAUCCCAGGCAACGGGCUGUUUUAUUUAGUUAUCCGAGCAUAAAUAAAGUGUAAAUAUCAUUUUGGAAAUUGCUGUUCUGAGAUUGUUUUUUUUUUUUGUUGUUGUUGUUGUUGUCAGUCAAUUUUGACGUCUCCAAAGACCUCAUUUGCUUUUGGCUCGCCGUGAUCUAUUAUAUGCAGGAUUGGGUUUCAUACACUCAGGUAACGUGCGGUCUUAAUAAAGCUCACACAGAGCAAAACAACAUACAAAAACAUAAAGUAGAAAAUAAAAACGGAAAGGAGGUUCCGCUAAGGCUAACUAAUAAAGUCACCAUGGGAGGUGGAAACAAAAAGGGGCUACAGCCUGAUGAGAUGCAACCAAAUGCAUCGACACCAUAGCCAAAGGUAAAAUGGCGACCCCAUACUGCCGCCUACUACAAAUUAAUGACUAAUGAAACAGCAGAACCAGGGAAAGAAAGUAAAAGCACAAAACAGGAACAACAACAAAAAAAAGAGCAACUGACAUGGCUCCAAUUUUCAACGCCACCCGCUGCAAAUGCUCAAACCUCAAAUCAACUAGUUGCAGUGUAUGUUUUUCAAGUUUUUUGGUAAAAAAUUGAAUUCCGAUCAAGGCGCCACA